CAAAGCUCCGCCCUGCUCCCUCGUCUCUUCCGGAUAAGGCCAUAUCAGCACAUUUUAUUUAUUGUGGAAUAAAUAUUUUUAUCUCCUGCUUAUGUUGUACCAUAUUUUAUAACACGGACACCAUUUUACCUUGUAUACCUGCCGGCUGUCAGCUUCAUUCAGCUCUCAGAGACUGCCAUUGAACAAAGUGAGGAAUAUCCAGCUAUGGAGGGGGAGACAGUGGAGACAGCAGAGGAGCAGCUGGCAAAGCAGCACCGCAAGGAAAAGAAAGAUAUGCAAGCUAAGAUCCAGAGCAUGAAAAAUGCAGUCCCCAAAAAUGACAAGAAAAAGAGGAAACAGUUGACGGAGGAGAUAGCCAAACUAGAGGCUGACCUCAGCCAGAAACAUGAGGAGGAAUUUAGGCAACUCAAAUCUACAGCUGACUCAAAGUUGGAUGAGGUGUUAAAUGGAGUGGAGACCAUGAAGAUGGAGGAUGGAGAACAAGAAGAUGUCAAACAGCCACGUGUAACCAAGGCCCAGAAGAGAAGGGACAAGAAGGCUGCCCAGGAGAAGGAGAGGGAGAGCAGGAUAGCAGAGGCCGAGGUGCAAAACCUGCAGGGUGUGCGGCACCAGGAAGGUCUGAUGCUGGCUGAGAAACUCACGCAGCAGCAGCUUCAGAUCAAGGAGAUCUCCUCUGAUGGCCACUGCAUGUACCGUGCUGUUGAAGAUCAGCUGGCACAGCGAUCAAAGCCUGGAUUAAUCAUGAGUGUGAAAGAACUGCGGUCCCGCACUGCUGAGCAUAUGAGAGGCCAUGCCGAUGACUUCCUGCCUUUCCUCACCAAUCCCAACACUGGUGAUAUGUACACAACAGACGAGUUUGAGAAAUACUGCAGCGACGUGGAGCACACAGCAUCUUGGGGUGGACAACUAGAACUGCGAGCUUUGACCCAAGUUCUGCGCUUGCCAAUAGAAGUGAUCCAGGCCAACUCGGCAACUAUAAAAAUUGGGGAGGAAUUUGCUAGUGAACCCAUCACCCUUGUCUAUAUGCGUCAUGCCUAUGGACUGGGAGAACACUAUAAUUCUGUGGAGCGGCUUAAGGACCCAGUCAAUGCAGAGGACAGCUGAGAGACGCCUCCGUCUUGCUGUGACAUAAACCAGUGUGUGUAACACAGCGAGUGUUCAAACCACUCACACCAAGGGCCCCUAAAUACAAAUGUAUUUGGAGGAAGACCCCCCCCCCCAUUGAAGACCUUGAGGUGGCAAUCAGGAAUGCUGCAUUAAACGCAUAAUAGUGCUUUUCUGUUUAUAAGUCAAAAGCUAUCGGUGGGGAAAGUGAAAUCUAAUAAAACUGAGAAGAGUAUGCUAAUGAAAAAUAGCAGAGAAAGGAAAUUAAAUGUGCUAAUGAUUUUACACUGCACUGUAUUGGUCUGUCCCAAUGACCACAGGGUUCCCCUUAGCUCAUUCUGAGUAGCAAUGGUGUAACACAUGUUUUAUCCAAAUCCUCUGGGGCAGGAUGUAACAGCUUUUGAUCAUGCAUGCCACUCAACCUAAUGUCAGCACUGAGGGGUUGUUCGACGUUUGCACUGUUGAACUGAAUUGUUGAACUUGUAAAUCAUAUCAGUGUUACAUAAACACAUACAAUACUAAUAA